UACGUCAUGACCGGAUGUUGAUACUAGCUCGGAGCUCAGACAGGAAACAGCUGAACAAGAAAAACAAAGAAGCGACGACGACGGUAAAAACAACAGAUGUGCGACUAGAAUACACCUCAAACAUCGGUGACAUUGACGCUGGUGGGAACACGUUGUGCUACUAAAACUAAUUAGAAAAGCCUUAGUUCAGUCACUCAGAGAUUUGACGAUGGGACGCAUCUUCUUGGACCACAUUGGCGGAACUCGCCUCUUCUCCUGUGCCAACUGUGACACCAUCCUGACCAACAGGUCUGAGCUUAUCUCAACACGCUUCACAGGAGCCACAGGCAGAGCUUUCCUCUUCAACAAGGUGGUGAACCUCCAGUAUAGCGAGGUGCAGGACAGAGUGAUGCUCACCGGCAGACACAUGGUGAGGGACGUCAGCUGCAAGAACUGCAACAGCAAGUUGGGUUGGAUCUAUGAGUUUGCUACUGAGGACAGUCAGCGGUACAAGGAGGGACGUGUCAUCCUGGAGAGGGCGCUGGUUAGGGAGAGCGAGGGCUUUGAGGAGCACGUUCCCUCAGACAACUCAUGAGCCCCUAACCUUCGGAUUAACUUGCGUGAGGAAAGCUCACUCCCGUAUCCACCUAUCCCUCUCCUUUAUCCCCUUGCCUCUGCGCUGCGCACCACCACAUGCAGACUUAGUGGUCAGUGAAGUUUUGGCUUCACCCCUCCACAUCCCUUCCCUGUCUCUGGCCUAGACCUCUGCUGAUUAGACGAUUGGUUUGCUGGCUCUACUGUUGCUGAAUAGGCUUCCCCAAAAUACUUCCUGAUUUAUAUGUCACAGGGCAACCCCCCAAAACAGCUGGGGGACACCGCUAGGGAGUUGUAACUUCACUUGUUUACGUGUUCCUGCACGGUCACCACCUCACAAAGCAUGCUCCACACUCUUUCAUAUGGUAAUUAAACACAUGCAUGAUAAUAGACCAUGGUCAGUCAUACAAAAAUCAUCACCUAGUUGUUGUUUAUUUAGAUAACUGGAGGCAGUAGAGCUGAGUAUGUUCGUCAUCCAGUCGGGGGGCAAAGAACCAGCCCGCUUUGCACAGCAAUGUUAAAUGAACCGCUGGAGUUGUCGCUCUACAUAUUGCUUACGUGCUUCUGUGUUGUGACCUUUGUCUCAAUGUAUGUGUCACUGGUGAGCACUGAAUGCAGUUAAAACCACGAUAGUUGUUAUUUCUACAUCAGUUACCUUUUAUUAGAUUGUAGUGUAAUGAAUGAUAGUGUUUAAAAUCUAUGUCCCAAGUCCAAAUGAUACCGUAAGGACCGCACAGAUUGAUGUCAUAUUAAGUAUUCAUUGUAGUGUUUGACCGUGAUGGGAGUUUUUAUUUAGAUCUGGCUCACAUGAUGUGUAUUUAUUUUUGAUUGACGUGACAUUCUUGAAAUGUACACAACGUGGCUUCAAGUGUCCCAUUCUAGCAGUUCAUAGUGUGGAGGUGAUCUCGUACGGUUUAUCCUACAAUUUAAUUCAGCUCGACCACUCUCCAUCUUCUUACCGUGGAUUCUGUGCCUGUGUGGUGUGCCGUGUGAAGAGCAACAUGUCAUUUCGGUGACUUAUGAGGAGCGUGUACCUUCCAGCCAUGUGUCUUCAGUGUGACGGAGGACGAAUGUGUCUGAGACGUGAUGGGGACAUUCUCUGGCUGCCUGCCAGUUUCAGGACAGGGUUAUGAGAGGAUGGGUCAUGCAAGCGUUUUGAAAGUAGGCAGCACUGGGAAACAAUGUGAGACGAGUUUAUAGACGGCGUCUGGAAAAAUCACCAAGAGCAGUUAAUACAUUAUAAUGUUAGAAACGACACCGAAAGUGUGUUUAAAUAUUCCAUUUAUUUAUUUAACAGUUGACUCCGGAUGCCAUCUCCUACUCUUAAACUACUUUCAGGACAGUGACCCAUCCUCUUUAUCAUCCUAGGCUUUGGGCACAUUUGUUUCUUACAACACAAAGCAAAGCAAGCUUUAAUGGAGUUCUAGUCUUUACAGUUGAGCCUUUGUCCUCUGACUAUGCCAGAGCCUCCGUUUUAUAUCAUCAGUGUCCUGUUGAAGAUUUCAAUCAAAAUGUCACAUCUCAAUCUCCGUGACAUUAUUUUUGGAGCGGGUCGUAGCACAGCAUCAUGGCCCUGGUGUAACAUUGUGCCAAUUCAGAGCGUGCAUGCCUGCAGGCGUUACCAGAAUGGUCCAGCCUUCACUAGCGACCCUGUUAAUGUUUUUGCUCGCCUUUACAAGGUCAUGCAAGACAGUGGACAGUUGUCAUUUCUACAAAAAAAAAAAACAGAACACUGACACCAUCCAUAUCCCCUAAGUCAAUGCAGUGUAUAGUCAAUGGCCGUGAGAGAAUAUUAUCGUUUUGUUCUUCACUUUUACCAUUUUAUUGAUAGGCCGUUGUUUUUAUUUGCUUUACUCUGUAUGAUUAUUAUUUUGUUGACACAUUUAUCUUAUUGUAUAUUUUAUUUCUUGAUUUGAUGAUUAAAAUGGCUAUAGCAAGGUUUUCUCUGAUGUGAUUUCGAAAUAAACAUUAGUCUUGCUGGGUUCAACC